AUUAUGAAAGAAAACAGCAAACGUGAAGCUGAUCAUACAAAACUUAAAGAAGAUACUACUAACCUCAAGACCAAAAACACUGAGCUUGAAGCUGAAGUAGUGAAAUUAAGAUAUGAUAUUGAGGAAAUUAAAAAGAAAGAUCAAAUCAUUACUAAUAUAUAUGAUGCAUUUUCUACAGAAGAGAUUUCGUCUACUUUAUCUGAUACUUCAAAUUCUAAUGAAUUUAAUAAUGUUAAAAAUCUUAUGAAAUCUGAUCAUAUUGACGAGAAAAAGGUGAAAGGACAAAUUUAUGAUUUUAUUAUUGUACAACUAAAUAUCAAGCGGAUAGAUAAGAUUCAGCAUAUCAAAAUCUUUAGUACAGAUGCUAUUUCAAGAUUUACUAAUUUACAAAUUCAAACAGUCAUUGUUCAUUUUGCUAAAAUAUCUGACAUAGAAUUCAUCAAUGAUCAGGAUAAUUCUUCAGAUGAUUUACCUGAAGCUGAG